AUGUUUGGCCCAUUCAAAUUAUCAAGCCCUGUCGCUGGUGGCCUGCUAUGGAAAAUUCCAUGGAGAAUGUCAACACACCAAAAACACCGUCAAAGGGAAAGAUUAAGAAACGUUGAUCAAGUAAUAAAGCAAUUAACUUUAGGUCUCCACGUUCAAAAAUGCCAGGAUAAAGGUCUUACUUAUCAGGAAGCCUUGGAAAGCAACAAAAAGUACAAACCAAGAAGCAAAUCGUUGAGAUUGUUGAAUAAGCCAUCUGUUUUCCCAAUGGAAAACCAAAUGUCUUCUAAAGAUAAAUACUGGACGUUCGAUAAGAAAGCCGUUGGUUAUAGGAAGGGUAUUCAUAAGGUGCCCAAAUGGACAAAAAUUUCCAUUAGGAAGACCCCACAAUUCUUUUAA